AAACUCAAAAACCUGUGGUUUAGGGAUUUCGCAACCCUCUUGCACUCCUCGGAGCUAAAAAACAUGGCAGCAUUUUGCCGGAAUUUCCAUUGAAGGUGGCGGCCGUCCACCGAGAAUCACAUAACUGACGCUUCAAAGUUGUAAUCGGUUUAUUAAUUUGGAACAGUUUUUUCUGGGUCAGUAUCAAGAAUGUCUGCUCCAUUGACUCCCUCAAAGAGAUCACGUGAUCGAAGCUCUGUCAAGUCUAAUGGGAAAGGAAAGUGGCAAAAGUCAUCAGGUUCUCGUUCGCGGCGAAAUCAAUCCUUCAAAUUGUCUCCUGGUUAUGCUGUUUUUCGUGUCCUCUUUCCUGUUUCCAGAAUUGACAGCCUUGUAGGUAGAGAUGGGGAUGGUUUAUCUAAAAUUCGUGAAGAAACAGGUGUAGAAAUCAGAGUAGAGGACACUAUCCCUGGAUGUGAUGAGAGAAUAGCAGUAAUUGGAGGCUCUAAUCAAGAAACUGAAGUGAACCCUGAAAAGAAGAGUAAGGAAGACAACAAGAAUUCUGAAGUCGAGGAGAAUGAUGGUGAUAUUGCCAAGUUGAAAAAGAAGGAAGAUAAAGAUUCUCCUCCGGUGGAAGAUGCUAAACAGAAGGAGGUUACUCAUUCGCAGUUGCGGAAAGCACUCUUUCUUGUUUCUGAGAAGAUCUUUGAUGAAGAACCGGAGGCAGAUGGGACAGAUGUUGAAGGUGAUAAGCUGCCAACAUUUAUCUUAAGAUUGCUUGUUCUUUCUAGUCAAGUUGGGUGCCUAUUGGGAAAGGGUGGCAGUGUAGUCAAACAAAUGUCAUCUGAUAGUGGAGCGCAAAUUAGAAUUCUUCCCAGGGAUAAACUUCCUCCGUUUGUGGCGACCAAUGUUGAGCUAGUCCAGAUUAGUGGAGGAAUUGAUGUGGUGAAGAAAGCUCUUGAACUUGUUUUUCAGCAGCUAAUUGAAAAUCCACCCAAUGAUAAAGAUCCUGUCGCCUCAAGCAAUGCUGCACAGUCAUCACGUUCUUCUGGACAGUCUCUCUCUAGGGCUCAUGAAUCUCCUCGGGGUAGUUCUUUUAAUACUCAUGGAGGCCCUUACUCUGUGCCACGUGAUGUUGGGAAUUUUCAUUCCAGUGCACCGUCUCUUGCUCCCAAACAGUAUGAAGCCUGCAUUCCUGGUCGAAGCAAACCUUCUCAUGAAAUUUUAAGUUACCGUUUAUUAUGCCCAACUGAGAGAGUUGGAAAUGUGAUUGGGAAAGGAGGAGCAAUAGUUAAGACUCUUCAGCAAGACACGGGCUGUGACAUCAAAGUUGUUGAUGGUGCCUUGGACUCAGAAGAUCGCAUUAUACUUGUAGCUGGUCCUGCGCAUCCAGAUGACAGAAUAUCACCAGUGCAAGAUGCUGUUUUUCGCGUUCAGGCCAGGAUUGUCAAGGCUGCAGCAGACAGCAAGGAGCAGAACUUGGUAGCUAGGUUUCUUGUUUCCUCCAAUCAAAUUGGCUGUCUUCUUGGGAAAGGUGGCUCCAUCAUAGCUGAAAUGAGAAAGUCGACGGGUGCAUAUAUUCGUAUUUUAGGAAAGGAGCAGAUUCCGAAGUGUGCUGGAGAGGAUGAAGAAGUGGUUCAGAUAAAUGGAGAGCCUGAAACCGUUCAAGAUGCCAUGUUUCAGAUUACUACUCGGUUGAGGCAUCACUUUUUCCGUGAUGCUUUUCCAUCAGUUAAUAGUCAUUCGAAUCCUGCAUUCAUAGAUAGACUUCCUUCAUUUCCUUCAUAUUUUGGAAGGAGAGAGUUAUCGCCUCCAGGAAUCUAUUCAAGUUUAGGCCCCUCAUUCCACAAGUUUGAUGCUCUUAGUGGCAUUCCUUCACUCAGUGAUUUGCGGGACGAUCGACCUCCUUUUCUUCAUAGGCCAGGUGCUCCUCUGUUAUCUGAUAGAAAACCAUGGAGCUCUCAGGGAUUAGUUGAAGGUGGUGUUGGCUUGUCAGACUUUGCAGGAGCCCACCAUAGAAGAAUUGCUGGAUUUGGAGGAGGAAAUAGUCCAGCUAUUAUUACGAGCACCACUGUUGAAGUGGUAGUUCCUCGAAACAUUGUCCCUGUUAUUUGUGGAGAAAAUGGGGAAUGUUUGAAACAGAUUCGUCAGAUUUCUGAUGCAAAAAUUACAAUUACCGAGCCAAAGCAGGGAGACGUCGAAACUAUGAUUAUAAUUUCUGGAACGCCAGAGCAGACCCAUGCUGCUCAAAGUCUUAUUCAAGCUUUUGUAAUCAGCGAGACCGAGUCAAGUUGAUUUUUUAUAUUCAGGUAUAUGAUGACUACUUUCUUAUCUCUGGGCCGAUUGUUUUGGAGAAAGGAUGUUGCACAGACGAGUAUUAACAGCUGAUACAACUUGGGGCAGUUAGUUUUGCCAUAAUCUGGAAAAUUUGAUACUCUCAGGAGCUGCAGUUUAUUAUAUUUAAUGUUUACGGCCUUGUGACAAUAUUCACCUCUAUAUAUGUAAACACAGCCUAAUGAUGGCCAUAUUUUUUGUGAAACUUGUGAGCAUUUGAAAAUCCCGAUUCCUCGACUCCAAAAAAUGUACUUAGGUGUUCCCCAAACAAAAAAGAAAGAAAGAAAGAAAUGUGUAUUUAAGGGGAUCAUAAUGGUAGCUGCACAAGGAUAUUGAUUUUUAUUGUGAAA